AUGGCGGACGCUGUGCUGACCUCUCUCUGCGGCAUCUGCCACAUCAACGCCCCGAAAUACAAGUGUCCUCGCUGCAGCAUCGCGACCUGCUCCCUCGCCUGCGUCACGAAGCACAAGAGCUGGUCGCAAUGCAGCGGCGCGCGCGACCAGACGGCGUUCGUCGCCAAGUCGAAGCUGGCUACCCCGGCGGGUAUCGACCACGACUACAAUUUCUUGCACAACAUUGAGAUGGCGUCCGAGCGCGCCGAACGGGUCUUUGUGGAAGAUAAAGGCAUUAUACAAAAGGACGAGCUGCGGCCGCUGACGGUGGAGGAGGUGCGGUGGAAGGUAGGCCGUGACGGGAGGCGGCGCAAGGUCUUGGUGACGCGGGUUCUGAAGCAGAAUAGGGAGAGGAUGAUGGACAAGCUGCUUGCGAGCAAGCUGAGGAAGCAAGGGACUGUGCUUGUGUCUGCGCCGCAGGGCAUGACGAGGCAUAGGGAGAAUCAUACGACGGUGAGCCGACGGCCUGGGAAGAUCAAUUGGCAGGUGGAGUGGUUCACCUUCGAGAGGAGCUCUACCGAUCCGAGCGAAGUGCACAAGUCGAGGGCUUUGUCGAAGCUUAUGGAGGACGUGCCGUUGUACAAGGGUUACAAUGCGCUGUUGGGGACACAAGCCAAGGCUGAGGGCAAGGUGCAGAGGAGGCCGUUUAAGGGCGUUGCGCAAGCCUCUCCUGAUGCCCAUUGGCAUGUGGCGGUUGAUUCUCUCCAGGAUCCGCAGACAGGCCGCUGGUUUACCAUCACAGCCCCGUCGAUCGACGAGUGGCCACAAGCCAAGGACGAGUCACAGCGACGACAGUUUCAGUUCUUCCUCGAAAGCACCCGGAAGCGACCCGAUCGACUCGUCACCGUUACAUCCAUUCCUCCCGAGGAAUGCCUUCGAGAUAUCCUUCGCAAUACCAGAGUCUUCGAGUUCCCGACGUUAUAUGUCCUGCGCGAGGGGGAGGCCUUGCCGGCUGGAUACGUGCUGGGUCCAAAGGAUAUCGUCUCACAUACUGAGGAGCAACAACAGAACGCGAAACGCAAGAGGGGACCGGAGCAAGGACGGGAUACUAGCCGACCUGCGAAGCGGAAGAGACGGGGUGAUGAGGACGAUAUGGAGGAGGGUGAAUUAGGAGACGAUGGAAACCCUGAUGACGACCGCGGUAAGACUGUGGACGGCACGGUGGUUGACGAGGUGAUUGCCGAGCAGAGCUUGGAUGAAGAUGAGGAUGAUGAUACCAGUGAUGACGAGACGAGCAGUUCUGGGUCUGACAGUGAUUGA